GUCAUUCUAUUAACCUCCCACCCCUCUCCUGCUUCUGCCUACUCUUGGCCCUACUCAGCUCCUCCUGGCCUCCCUGCUCCACUCGCCUCCGACCUCUGGGGAGAGCAGGCAGAUGUCCACAGGCAUGGGGACCACAGCUGGUGAUGAGGUGGCCCCUGGGGCCCCCCAGCUCACCCACAUCGAUGUGCACAUCCACCAGGAGCCCCUGUUUCCGCAGCGGCCUUCUCCCCCCAACAUUCCCACUCCCUCCCAGCCCCUGGGCAGCAAGCGAGUGCUGGUGGCCUCCUGGGUGGCACAGAUUGUGCUGGGGCUGCUGAGUGGGACCCUGGGAGGCCUCGGCUGCUUCCUGUUCUAUGAUAGAUGGAGUGUGCUGUUCACCUUCGAAACCGGCAUCUGGACAGGGGUUGUGGCCUUGCUGGCUGGAGUCGUCGUCUUCAUUCACGACAAAUGGGGUGGCACCUGCUGGGCCCUGCUGAGGACCCUGCUCGCUCUGGCAGCUUUUGCCACGGCCAUUGCCGCCAUAUAUAUCGGGGCUGACCGCUUCGACCUUCUAUACUUUUGGUGUGAAAUCCCCUACUGCUGUGACUCCGCCCUGACCCCUAGCACCCCUGAAGAAGCCCGCAGGGAGGAGCUGUGCCUGUCCUACGACAUGUUCACGACCCUGUCCAUGGGCCUUCAGGGCAUACUGAUGAGCAUCUGGGCCCUGCUGCUUCUGGUCUCUCUGGUUCCCGUGUUGCUGUUUUGCUGGAGAAGAUUCCGGUGCAAGGCAGAAAAAGACCAGAAGGCAUUGCUGGGAGCAAGUGAAACUCAGCCCCACCUCUCCUGAGUACUCUGUGCUUGGAGGUCCGGUGGUCUAUGCGUCUGACUCCUGGAAGAAGAAGCAGACCCCGAAAAUGAGACCUUCCACUGGUCCCAGUUGUCCUCGGCCACGGCCCAGCUCCGCCAGCAGUCACAGCGCCUCUCGCCCAUCCCCUGCACACCCUCACCACCCUGCCCGGCUUCAUGUCCCGUCUGAGCAGUGAUGACAAUAAACUCCGUUUGCAGCUCUC